CCGGGAGGGACAGCUGCCAGGCCGUGCGGUGGGCAGUGCGGUAGGUGUGGCCACGCACUGCAGCCGGCAGCCGCGUGGGCAGUUGCGUCCCACCCUGGAUCCUGUUACUCCGACCUGGGGCGCAGGGUUGCAGCGCCGCAGGGUUGCAGAGCCGCCUUACCUGCCCUUGAAGCCGAUGGCCCUCUCUGGGCGACACAGGCUGUCGAGCUCUCGAUCAGAGGCUGCUUUUCUGGGAGUCUCGCAGGAGGCUUCUCCCACCCCGUGUCCAUCUCCCACCCCAGUCCUGCUCUGUAGGGAGAGCUGGCUGGGGACAUCUGACCGACGAAGUCCCACCCAGCACAGUAGCCUGGCGGUGUGGCCAGGAACAGGGCCGGAAACUGCCUGCAAGCUGCCGCGGAAUUGGGGAGAAGAGGAGGCAUUUAUCUCCCCUGAGGGUAGCAGCAAGUGGUCUGCUGGGCUCCAGGGAGGACUGGAACCUGUCUCAAAAGGACAGCAAGCACAGGCGUCCAUCGGUCAGGAAGCCAAGUCCCAGACAUGGAGGUGGAGGAGCAGCCACCUCAGGAGGCUGAUGGGGAGCCCGUCCUGACAUCAGGGGCCUCGGGGUCAGUGCCCAGGGUGCUUUCCGGAGAACCCCAGAACCUGUCUGACGUGGAUGCCUUCAACCUGCUCCUGGAGAUGAAGCUGAAACGGCGGCGAGAGCAGCCCAACCUUCCUCGCACUGUGACCCAGCUGGUGGCUGAGGACGGGAGCCGGGUGUAUGUGGUGGGCACUGCCCACUUCAGUGAUGACAGCAAGCGGGAUGUUGUGAAGACCAUCCGGGAGGUGCAGCCUGAUGUGGUGGUGGUGGAGCUCUGCCAAUACCGUGUGUCCAUGCUGAAGAUGGAUGAGAGGACGCUGCUGCGUGAGGCCCGGGAGGUCAGCCUAGAGAAGCUGCAGCAGGCUGUGAGGCAGAACGGACUCAUGUCUGGGCUCAUGCAGAUGCUGCUGCUGAAGGUGUCUGCCCACAUCACAGAGCAACUGGGCAUGGCCCCUGGCGGAGAGUUCAGGGAGGCCUUCAAGGAGGCAAGUAAGGUGCCUUUCUGCAAGUUCCACCUGGGUGACCGACCCAUCCCAGUCACCUUCAAGAGGGCCAUCGCUGCACUCUCCUUCUGGCAGAAGGUCAAGCUGGCCUGGGGCCUGUGCUUCCUGUCAGACCCAAUCAGCAAGGACGAUGUGGAGCGCUGCAAGCAGAAGGACCUGCUGGAGCAGAUGAUGGCCGAGAUGAUCGGGGAGUUCCCUGACCUGCACCGCACCAUCGUCGCGGAGCGCGACGUCUACCUGACCCACGCGCUGCGGCAGGCCGCCCGGCGCCUUGAGCUGCCACGCGCCUCUGAAGCUGAGCCUAGGAAGUGUGUCCCUUCCGUGGUCGUGGGCGUCGUGGGCAUGGGCCAUGUGCCCGGCAUCGAGAAGAACUGGAGCACCGACCUCAACAUCCAGGAGAUCAUGACCAUCCCCCCGCCGUCCAUCUCGGGCAGAGUGUCCAGGCUGGCCUUGAAGGCCGCCUUCUUCGGCCUGCUGGGCUACGGCCUGUACUGGAUGGGCCGCCGCACCGUGAGCCUGGUCCUGUCGCUGCCCGCUACGCAGUACUGCCUCCAGAGGGCGUCUGAGGCCCGGCCGCGCCAGUAGGCAGCCCGCGGGGGAGACGAGAAGCCGGCACCGCCCUGGAGUCGUCUUGGGUGCAGGUGCAUUAAAGCCACCCCCCAUGGGGGUCCAGGCCAAGCCUCGCUGCCCUCCCCAGUCCCUGCCCACCAAAUAAAAGAUUAUUGAAUCAUCUGAGCUCGGGCCUCCCAGCAGCCCCCUCCACACCGCAGGGGCUGUCCAUGGGCUUCAGCACCCAGGCCAGCUCCGGGGGCGGGAUGGGAGGUGCCAGGUGCACAAGACCCGUCCCCCUGGGCUGGGCCCGGUGAGCUGCUGACUGUACCUACCUCACUGUGCCUUGUGCUGCAGCUGGCAGGAGCGUCUGGUCCCAAGUGCGUCUCCCGGUGGGUUUAGGGCCGGCCGGUUUGGCAAGGGCCGGUCACCCCACACCGCUGUGUACUGGCAGCUCCGCGGGAGAUUUGCUGACCUGGAUGUGCCCUGGCUGCAAUCUCUGCCUACAGAGAUUCUGUGUUUGGGUUUUUUUUUUAAUGUCUAAAAAUUUUUCACUCAGGUAAUUUUAGCUUCAAAGAAAAACAAAAACUGGAGCAAAUGUCAGGAAAUACAAGCCUUAAAACCAGCUGGGACAAAGAGGAAGGCUUCCUUUGUGUCUCUGAUCUGAGUGGGCGUGUGCACGUUGGGUCAGCUUGGGGUCCAACCCAGCCCUCUGGGGGCUGUACCUGAAGGCUGGCACAGGCCAGGGCUGCGUCAGGUGUGAGGUUGCUGUCUAGGUCCACCCUCCUUGAGGUCAGGAGGGCCUUGAACCUGCUGUCUGCAUCCAGUGGGGGUACCUGGGCCACCUUGACUCUUGGUGGACACCCAGUCUGUGUGUCAGCCUGUGCCAUGCAGCGCUCCUGGUCAGCUGUGGCCAGCAUCUGUACAACUCCCCAAUCAGGGCCCAGGGUCAUUUGUCCUGUGUUGACUGUCAGCUGAAUCAGGUAAAACCCACCCAUUUUGAGCUGGACAGGGACUGCCAAGCUGGCUGGGCUGUGUCUUCCUGUCUCAUGUUUGUGGAUUUGUUCCCUUAGAAAUUGAAAUAAAUUCUAAUUUUGGAA